GUGACGUGCCCUAACAGCCCGGAUGGGAGGCCCACGCAUGCGCGGUGGCAGCUGCCGUGAUCCUGCACCCACGAAGUUGUGCUUCCAGGGUGCUGGAGUGGUGACCCGGGGCGGGCGUCGAGGCUUCUCAGCCUGAGGUCUUUUCCCGGUGUUUACAGAGCCACUGGAGAUCUCCCGUGAGGCUCCGACCGAAGGAAGUGGGCUUCCAGGUCCCCAGGAUCUUGGCUAGGAUCUGCUUGAGAUCGGGAAGGGCGGUGCCAUCCCCAUUACUCAACCCUUUUCGCCUCCAUUCCCCUCCCCUCCGCGGAUAAACAAACACCAGCGCGUGACAUUAAUGACUUCAAAGCAGCUUCACCAACUUCGAAAAGUUGCUUCUUCCUUCUUCGAGCGUCGGCCCUCUUUCUUCCCCAAAUCUUUCAGCGGCAAAUUGGGUGGAAGGCGUGUUUGAAAAUAAAACAUUCCAGGCGCUGUUUACUUUGGGGAGACUUGUUUAACAUCGUACAUUGAGGCUUCAUAUCUUUUGAGAUCAUUUAAUUGCUGGAGUAACCCUACAAAAUACAGUAUGUAUUCGAGUUUUACACUUUCAAACUUCUAAGGGGCGUAAAGGUUCAACAGAUUCCCUUCCACCUUGUUCACAGUUCUCCCACGGGUAAGUUUCUUGUUUAUCUUUCCUGUGCAUUGCUGAUUGAGUGCGCCUUCCCUAAAACCUGGGAAGCAAUCUCGUGUUGCCUCUGUGUUAAGCUAGUUAAUAUCUGUACCACGACCCCAAAGUCUGGUCGGCGCGUUCACCCUCGGUGUGUCGCGGUCCCCUGGGAAUGGUAUCCCAAUUCAUCCCCAGUGCUCGGCGGGAGGUUGGGCAGGGCAGGAGGCGCUUCCUGCUGGGCGUGCGGAUUCGUCGGCAACACUCCCGCAGCUUAUAAACGCCAGGCGGACACGGCAGGGACUGAGAACACUUCUGAGCCUCAUACCUCCCAGUUUGCCUGGGUGGCAGCUGACGGGGCGAUGGACCUGGCUGGGCUCCUACUGGACGAAGAAGGCACCUUCUCCCUCUCUGGUUUCCAGGACUUCACGUUUCUUCCAGGACACCAAAAGCUGAGCGCUCGAAUCCGAAGGAGACUCUAUUAUGGCUGGGACUUGGAGACAGACUGCAGCCUGGAGGAGCUCUCCAGCCCUGUGGCAGACAUUACUGUGGAACUUCUUCAGAAGGCAGCACCCAGUCCUAUUCGCCGACUCCAGAAAAAAUAUGUAGCCCACGUGUCCCGGGAGGCAUGCAUCUCCCCUUGUGCUAUGAUGUUAGCUCUGGUGUACAUUGAGCGACUCCGGCACCGAAACCCAGAUUACCUGCAGCACGUGUCGUCUUCUGAUUUGUUUCUGAUCUCCAUGAUGGUGGCCAGUAAAUACCUUUAUGAUGAAGGGGAGGAAGAGGAGGUCUUCAAUGAUGAAUGGGGAGCUGCUGGGGGAGUUGCUGUGCCUACUCUCAAUGCCUUGGAAAGGAGCUUUCUGAGUGCCAUGGACUGGCGUCUCUACACUGAUCCUCGGGAGAUCUUUGAGGUGCUGAGUUGGCUGGAGAGUUGUGUGGCUGAGCAGCAAGGACGGCGGCGGGGCUGGUACACCUACACAGACCUGUGUGUGCUGCUGGAGCAGCCAAUGUGGCAGCUGUCUCUGGGCUCCCUCUGCCAGCGGCUGGUAAAGCUGUCCUGCCUGUUAGCCGUGGCAUAUGUGAGCAGCGUGGCCCUGGCUGUGGCAUCCAUGGCUGUAAUACACCAGUCCUUGGGGCUGUCCUCCAGCCCCUCACCAAGUCCUCCUGAACUCACACUGGUCCCCAAGAACCUCUUGCAGCCCUGCAUACCUGCCCCUGUGCCACAGUGCCUGACUAAUGUCUCCAGCUGCCUGGAAGACAGUGUAGAGUUGCCAUCGCUCUGGGGCAGUCUUCUGGACCCAUUGACACCCCCUCUGAUGCCUCCUCCAGACCCUCCUGCCCCACCUACUCCUUUCCACAAAUGCCCCUUUUGCCAGAAGUUCCAGAGAAACCCCCCAAAUUGCCGUGCCUGUCACCAGCCUAACCGUACGGUGUCUAUUGGUCCUAUCCACCCCUUUUACCAUACCCAUGGCCUGGCCCCACCCUGGCUCUGGAGCCCAGUGGCCCCUCCAUUCCUCCAGCCCCAGCAGUGUUCUCUUUUUAGUGUCAUGAAGCUGGCUCGCCUCACGUCUGUUAUUUUCCCAGGUUAGGUAGGGCUCGGAGGAGUGCAUUAGAGGGUUUGGGAGUCCUUGAGAACCUGGAAGAGGAAAACUUGAUUUAGAUUUUUGCUACCUCUCUGGGCCCUUGGCUAGUCCCCUGUCCUGCUGGGUAGGAACAUAAGGGAUUAUGGGGGCAGCACAAGGUCACUCACUCUCCUAGACCUCAGAGGCUGGCUAAUAGGCUAGGACACCAGUGGUGCCUGGGACAGUGUCAGCUCAGUGACCAGAGGCAUGCCACAAAUGACAGAGAAUCACCUAUCUCUUUGCCUUCACAAGCCCAGGAGGGUAGAUUUCUGCUUUGAAGUUUCCAGAGAUGGGAAGGUAAAUGGGAGUUGUGGGAAGUGAGUAAGGAGAGUGGGAAAGCAUCGAUGUGAAUCUCUGAUGUGUGAGUCAGGAAAACCAAGACGAGAGAUGCUGAGGGACAGAAGGCUCCCCAAGGCGGGAAACUUGCCACACCUGUCCCUUGGACGAAUUUGUCAUAGCCAAGAAUUGCUGGGUCCUUUAACCUUGUCCCUUUGUCUUCCAACCAUAGCAUCCUGCUCCAAGGCUUCCCACUCUGCCUUUUUGGGUGUUCUCUUCACAGGCCUCUCUGGGCGCCACUGCUUUGUAUCUGGGUUUUUCAUGCUUUUAUAGAACUGAGGUUUCAAUAAACAGUUUCUGUUGCA